AUGGGCAUUGGAUAUAUAUGGGACAUCUUGGAGGAAUAUGAAGAGAUUAAAAACAUCGCCGACUUUGCGGCUGAGAGCCUCGCAAACGAAAAGCGACCUUUGCGUAUAGCCGUCGACGAACCAUACUGGAGAUACAAAAAUGUCCAGCCUGAAGAAGCAGAGGAAAUAAAAAGGAAGUAUCCCGGCGCGAACCCAAUUGAGAAGAACACAUUGUAUGUCCUCCUCAACGUUUUACUACGCGGGGUUCAGCUUGUGUUUGUCUUUGAUGGACCUGGCCGGCCCGAAAAAAAGGGUCGACAACCAUUUGAUGCCGAAAGCGAGCGAACUCUUCUGCUCAGAGAAUUGCUGGACCAGCUCGGUGUCGUUUGCUGGGACGCUCCCGGCGAAGCUGAAGCCGAAUGUGCUCGUAUGCAAAUGCUCGGUCUCGUCGAUGCUGUGUGGACUGAAGAAGCUGAUGCUUUCAUGUUUGGGGGCGAUGUUGUGAUCAAGUUCCACUACGAUGCUCAGAGAAGAAAGAGCAAGGAUUGUUUUAAAGUCUACGAUCUCAACAAAAUCCAAGAUGCCGAGCCAUGUCUCGGUCAUGAGAGCUUCCUAUUGCAUUCGGUUUUGACCGGAAUGGACGAGGGGUUCGCGGAACUGGAGAGUAUUGGAAAAUACGAUUUUCUCACGGCUGCCACAGAACAGUUGGGUAUCUCUCUCUGGACUACUACACUGUCUAGUAUUCUGGAAUGGAGGGAUAAGUUGGUUGCACAUCUCAAAACUUUCGGGAUCAAUUCCACUUUACCACGAAACUUUCCAAGCUAUCAGAAGGUGGACGAGUACAGGUCGCCGCUCGUUUCAAGCUACCCGACACUGAUAGACGCAUUUUCAGGCACUUGGGUUAAGGACAUCGACGAAGAAGCUUUGCAGAAACUGCUGAUCGAAAAGUUUCUUUUUGGUGCCAAGGACUACGUGAAGUGGAUCGUUCAACUUUUAGUGGUGAGAACUCUGAUAAAGGAGUUUAUCAAAGAAUCCACCGAAGCCCAUGACGAAAAUGGUGGCCAGGAACAAAGCAGCGAAUGUUACCAGCUGAAACUUGCAUCAAGCAAUCCUAAAAAGUCAAAAUCGCCUAGCCUUUUAAACGCCACGUUCUUGGUCGCUGCUGCCACGACGAUAGAUCUUGCUGCUUGGGCAGAGGAAGACAACAAACAUGCAAAGAAGGAAUACAUCGUCCCGGAGAGAUUCACAGUCAGAACUCUACGAUGUCUUCUUGAGCAGGCCGCCAUUGUUCAGCCAGAAGCGGGUGGGAGCCUCAGAGCUCAACGAUCGCCUGCCGAAUCCAGAGCGCCCCCUAGUGUUUCUAGGAAGCGACAGCAGAGUCCCGAGCUAGACGCAGAUGCCAGUCUAUCGAGAGCUUCCAAAAUAUCUAAAGGAAAAGCACCCAUACGUAACUCGAUAAGUGACUUCUUUCAACGACAGCAUCCUAUUCCACAGCUUUCAGAGGGAUCUCCAAUCGCCUCACUAUCCGUACAAGACAAAGCCAAAACCAAAGCACCGGAAGAUCCAAGGCAAGCCGAGACGUCAAGCACACAGGCAACCCUGAACAUGAAUCUGACCAAGUCUCAUGUUUCCCACCCUUCAUCUCAGUUGAUUGCUGGCAUGUCGAAACUACAAGAGGAUGUACCUACUAUAGGUGACUCGGGGAAAUGGCCUCGAGAUGUAUCCCCAAUUGCAGGCCCUUCUAGGCCGCCGCAAGCCCUUCGAACGAGUUAUAUGGACCUAACUGGGGAUGAAGAUGAGCUUCAUUACUUUUCUUAG